AUGAAAUUGAAAAGCAAAAGAAUCAAAUAUGGAGAAAAAGAGUUGGUAAGAACAGUCCAAGCAAAAAAAAGAAAACGAAAAGAAAUUACUGAAGAUGAUGCAGAAAUUGAUAAGGAUGUAAAAAGUUCAAUUGCAAAAACUUUCAAAAAGAAAAAGAAGUUUGUCAAGAAAGACAAAGAACCAAUAGAUCCAGAAAAGCCAACAUCAUUGAGAACAAUAAUGUGUCCUAAAAUGCUUUUUGAUGUAGUCAAAUCAAUUAAUAAACAACAAAGGAAGGCAGUCAGAGAAAUGCGAUUAGGAUCUUUAUUAACAAUGGCAAGUAAUGGAAUUCCAGGAAAACUUUCACGAUAUGUUGUUAACUGCUUUGAUCCAGAUAAAAUGAAGAUCAAUCUACCAGUUGGAUCAAUAGAUAUCACAUCAGAUCUGAUUCACAAUUUACUUGGAAUCCCAACAGGUGGAAGAAAAAUCAAUGAAUUUGAUUUAAAUGAAAAAACUGAGACUGGAACUUGCAAGAACAUACUUUUGCCACAUUUGUAUGAAGCUUUGCCAUUAAAAGAUGUAGAUUGGUGUGCACAUAUAAUCGAUUGCUUAAAGGUUUGCAAACUUCAUUGGGAUGAAAAAGAUAGAACCGAUAACUUCUGUGGACCACUACUUUUGGCUUAUUUAGAUUUCAUGAAAAACUUGAAGAAAGAUUCAAUCAAAAGAUUAGAACAUCCAAUACAUUACUGGGAUAUUGAUAAAAUGUCAAAAAGAGAAAGAGCAGAAAUUCUCAGCGGAUCUUUUGGAAAUGUAGAUGUUGAUGAGAAUAUUCCUGAUUUUAAUGAAGAUUCUGAUUCUGGUGAUGAAGAUGAUAUGAGCGUUGAGGGAAAGAAAGAUGAUGAAAAGUACAAUAUUGAAGAUGAUGAAAAUGAUGAUGAGGAUGAAGGUAACAACUCGGAAGAAAUAAAAGAUGAUCAGAGAAACUUUGAACUUGAAAAUAAUAAAGUGGUCGGAAGAAAGUUCUCAAAAAGAAAGACAAAACCAUCCUACUUAAUAUGUUCACCGUAUAUUAAAAAGUUUGUUUCAACAGACAAAUUGAUAGAAGAUGCUGAAAUAAAAGUCUCAAACCACAUAUUUGUAAGGAUUGGAUCUCCAAUUGAAAAGGUAUUUGAGGUGAAGAAAGGUAUUGUGGUUCUUAGAGGGAUGAUUGAAACUUUGCAGCCAAAGUUGAAUAUUCAUCAAAAUGUAAUUGAUGCAUGGAUUGAGGUUUUAAACUUUGAAGAAAAAAGUUCUCCAAAAAAACAAAUGCAAAGAUACUUCUUUGAUACAACAAUAAUGACUUCAAGCAUGUAUGAUAGAAAAAGACCUUUAAUUGAAAGAUUUGAAGAAUUUGAAAGAAAAAUAAAAGAAGCAAUGAAAUAUCAGAAAGAACUAAUCACAUUUGAAGAGUUUGAUUUGGUAUUUUUCCCUAUUGUAUGUGAUGAACACUACUGCCUCAUAUGUGUUGAUUUAAAAGAAAAACAAAUUGAUGUCAUGGACAACAAUUUGACAACAUCAAAGAUACAAACUUCUUUUGGUGAUGCAGCUGGUGAAUUGAAAUUACUCUUCAGUAGAUACCUAUUGAAUGUAAAUCACAAAUCAGCCUUACAAAUACAAAAUGUUGAGGCAGAAAAAUUGAGAAUGAAUUGGAGGAGUAGGAACAAUGACAUUAAUUGUGGUGUUUUUCUCAUGAGACAUAUGGAAGUCUAUAUGGGUGAUCGUACAGGGAAUUGGAAUUGUGGAAUUCAUAAAAAAUCAUCAAAAAACUAUAACAAUCAAUUGGAUGACAUGAGAGUGAAAUAUCUUACAAAGAUUCUGUUGUGUGAGAUAAAUAUUCACAGGAAAAAAAUUAUACAGCAGUCUGAAGUAUUUGCAAAAAAAUCUGAUGAAAAGAUAAAAUCUCUUUUGGCUAAGGGAUGGAAGAAAAAAGAUGGAAGGAUACUCUGA